AUGGUAAUUCAUUCAAAGGAGAAGAAGGAACAAGUUCAACAACAGCAGCAGCAGCAGAAUCUUGACCCUGAGAAUCCUGAAGCUGAAUCUUCUAGAUGCUUUUGCUCUGCCUUCUCGCGUCUGUUUAGUCUAACAUGUGUCAUCUUUUUGGUCUUUAGCUUUGCGACUCUCUUUUCAGGGAUCUUCUGGUUAUUCCCUCGUCGAUCGCUGCCUAGACAUCAUUCCAGUGAUAUAGUUCAUAUCAAUGCAUCAGUACAAGCAUGCUUUAGACUUCAUAAACCAACUUCUGAGCUCAUUUCAAAAAAAGGAAAACUAGAGAGGGACAUCUUUUCAAGUAUAGAUCUCAGGAACAACACCAAGGUGACUGUUCUGUCUCUGAAUCAAUCAGAUGAAUCUAACUUCACUGAUGUCAAGUUUGGAGUUCUGUCUGUCCAUACUAACCAUACAAUGAGAAAAGACUCGUUAACUUCACUGCGAUCUUCUUUUGUUAACCUCUUUGCUCAAAGGUCUAAUCUGAACCUGACCACAUCAGCUUUCGGGGAGCCAACAUCUUUUCAGGUUUUGAAGUUCCCUGGUGGAAUAACUGUAGAUCCUCUGGGGCUAGAACCCGUCUCUGGAUUACUAGAGCUUCUCUUUAGCUUCACCUUAGACUUCUCCUUGUCAGAGAUACAAGAAAAAGUGGACCUGCUAAAGAAUCAGCUUGAGCUUGUGUUGCAUUUGGAGCUGUUUGAGAGUUUUCGUGUAGUUCUCACGAAUCAUGAAGGAUCUACAGUAUCUCCUCCUGUAACUGUUAAGGGUUGUGUUGUCUUAACCAUGACAACUAUGGAAAGCCAUAUUCAGGAGAGAUUCGACCAUCUUGCUCAGCCCCCUGCUAAAAACUUUGGUCUAGACAACUCAGUCUUUGGUGAAGUCAAGGGUAUUACUUACACAACUUACCCUGAGGGCAAAGUUCUUGAUUCUGAUUCGGUGUUGGCGCCAACGCCAACCUAUUGACAUGAAGCUUCUUACCAAACUUGGCAAAAAGCAGUUUUCUCUUUUCCCUUUUUAGUUAUCUAAAUAUCUUAAUUGGCAAAGAGGAAAACUUGUGUGAAUGUUUCCUUGUCUUAAUAGCUAAGUAGCGGCAACAAAAUGUAUAAAUAAAAGAUUGGUGACUUGUUAAGGCUAACAACUUCACCACCUUUCUUCUAAGUGAUCUCUGGCAGUAUCUUCUUAGCUUUAGAACUAAACUGUCUUAUAGAGGUUGUAUUAUGAAACAGAGUUCUU